AUGUCUCAAUUCCAUGUAAAAUCCCCCAAACACUGUGCCAAGCAAGGAUUGAGCAUUGACAAGUUCUACAGAAAGCUAUUCCUCUACUUCUCUACGUUUCUGCUCUCUAUACUAUCACUCAUUUUCCUUAUCUGGCUUAUCCUACACCCCACCAAGCCUGAGUUCUCUCUGCAAGAAGCUGAUGUCUACCAACUCAAUCUCUCAGGUUCCCACCUUCUCAACUCCUCUAUUCAAAUAACUUUACUCUCGAAAAACCCAAAUAAGAAUGUAGGCGUUUACUAUGACGAGCUCCAAGUAUAUGCUUCUUACAAGGGUCAACAGAUAACAAUUGAUACUACUAUUCCUCCUUUCUAUCAAGGGCAUGAAGAAAGCAACCUCCUAACGGCAGCUUUGGUUGGAACUGGGAUACCUGUGGCUCCGUCUUUUGAUUAUGAAGUCGGACGCGAUCAGACUGCCGGAAAACUUGUCUUUAGUCUCAAGGCAAAUGGCAGGCUUCGAUGGAAGGUGGGGACUUGGGUUUCUGGGAGGUUUAGGUUCAAUGUGAAUUGUGUUGCUAUAAUGCCUUUUGGACCUUCCAUACCAUCAGGUCCUCUAAGUUCUAAGCAAGGAACUCAGUGUUCUACUACAGUCAAGUCACAAGCUCACAAUUUCUGGGGACCGAACAAGUUGAUGGAGUUAGGCUACAAACAAUAG